AAAAAAAAAAAAAGUAUAAUAGAUUAAGAAAUUAGGGGAGUGCUAUUGAUACAAACAUGUAAUCUUAUUCAAAUACACAUUGGUUUUAAAAUAAUCUCUUGUUGUCCCCUCACUAUCAAAAGUCAACUCUUUCAAUAGUUGUACAAUUCAGCGAUCAAUGACUCCUCCAUUUGGCCACUAAAGAUGAUGCAUAACAAGCUACUAGUUGCAGUGUCGAUAAUCUUGAAUCUUCUAUUCACCGUUCAUAUUCUUUAUAAUAAUUCAACCACAUGGAGUCCAACGUGGACCGAUAGAGCCGCCUCGGAGGCAGAAGAUGCAGCUUCUGUUUCUUGCUCAGGCCAUGGCAGAGCUUAUGUGGACGGUCUUGGUGUCCUUGACGGCCAUAAACCUCCUUGUGAGUGCAAUAAUUGCUACACAGGCAAAGAUUGCUCCUUCUUUGUACCAGAUUGUCCUGUCGAUGCUGACUCAGGAGACCCUUUGUUUUUGGAGCCUUUCUGGAUUCGAAACGCAGAGGGAAGUGCGGUUGUUGAGUCAGGAUGGCACAGGAUGAGUUAUUCCUAUCACGGCUAUGGCUUAUUUGUGUCGGCAGAGCUUGAGAGGAUCAUUAGAAAGCUACAUAAUGUGGUGGGAAAUGCAGUUACUGAUAACAGAUUCAUUAUCUUCGGAACUGGAGCCACACAAUUGCUUGCAGCUUCUGUUCAUGCCUUGUCCCAAACAAAUUCAUCAUCAUCAUCUCCUUCAAGACUUGUGACUUCUGUUCCAUACUACAAUAUGAACAAAGACCAAGCAGAGUUCUUUAAUUCUGCCGAUCUCAAGUUUGAAGGAGAUGCGUCCGCGUGGAAGAGGAGCGAGCGCAAUGAUAAUAUGACACAAGUUAUAGAGAUAGUGACAUCUCCGAAUAAUCCAGAUGGGAAGCUUAAAAGAGCGGUUCUUGAUGGUCCUAAUGUCAAAUACAUUCAUGAUUAUGCUUAUUACUGGCCUUAUUUUUCACCUAUUACACAUCCUGUUGAUGAAGAUUUGAGCCUGUUUAGUCUCUCCAAGACUACAGGUCAUGCUGGCUCAAGAUUCGACUGGGCAUUAGUAAAAGACAAAGCUGUUUAUGAAAAAAUGAAAACAUAUAUAAUUCUAAGUACUAUGGGAGUUUCAAAAGACACACAGCUUCAUGCUUUGCAGUUGCUUAAAGUAGUGAUUGGCGAUGGAGGGGAUGAAAUAUUCAGUUUUGGUUAUGGAACCUUGAAAAAAAGAUGGGAGAUUUUGAACAAGAUCUUUUCCAUGUCCACGCGUUUUUCGCUCCAGACUAUCAAACCUCAGUAUUGCAACUAUUUCAAGAAAGUUAGAGAGUUUACUCCUUCUUAUGCAUGGGUGAAGUGUGAGAGACCAGAAGACAAAAACUGCUAUGAGAUUUUCAGAGCGGUGAAGAUAACUGGACGCAAUGGCAAUGUGUUUGGAUCAGAAGAAAGGUUUGUGCGAUUGAGUCUCAUCAGAUCACAAGACGACUUUGAUCAGCUUAUUGCUAUAUUGAAGAAGUUUGUCUCCAAGGAAGCUGUCGUAGUUGACUCCGUCUAAGAACUUGAUGUUGUGAUCACAUGUCUUCAAUUCCAUCAUAUAAAAAUAAAUAUUUUUUGGAAUACAUAAUUGAAUGAGACAGUAGCUCAACUUCCAA